CGUCCGUUCACCGAAUAUCGGGGACAUAAUUACCAGCUACCCUCCCGUCCUAGUCCCCCUUUCACUUCUCCCCAUUCUCUCUAUAUUCCUGUCCCUGCUCCCAUACCUUAAUACCUUCUUCAUCUUUUACCUUUUACACGACUAGCUGGGAGCAUCUACCUCUGUGUGGUUAUUGCAGUACCCCUACCCUGUGUUUGUCCUCCUUUGUUGCUGUGUCUUUUGGUCCUUCGUUCGUUGGUGUUGGUCAUUCUCCUCAGAACUCAGCAUGGCUGAACAUCGAUCUCCUUCGGUACGGACACCGGGGCCUGCCAAAACCCCUUCGGGCAGCACCCAACGAUCCAUCACCAGCUUCUUUUCAAAACCUGCUUCCUCCUCUUCCGCUAAACCCAAACCACCUCCUUCCGCGUCCACCACCACCACCACCGCUGCCACUCCUACUCCCGCUCCUCGUAGCGGUCCACGAGCUCGAGGCCUCAAAGACUCGACCACCACAUUCAAUUCGAAAACCAAUGCGCGUGCCAUGAACCGACGAUCGUCCACUUUGACCCCCGUCCCGAGUAGCGACGUACUCGAACCCCCCAGCAGCUCCCAGGAGAACAUGGAUCUGGACGGCGUCAACGUCAAGGUAGAGAACGGCCACGACAUGCCCCCGCCCCUUACGCCUGCUGAACUGCCUCCCCGCCAGACUGCUGCUGCUGCUGCUGGACUUGGAGCUGCCUCUGCCUUGCCUAGCAGCCCUUCUCGGAAGACUAAAAAGGCAAUCAACUAUGCCGAAUCUUCCGACGACGACGAAGAUCCUUUCGAAGCCCUCGAAUCCUCUCGCAACCGUCGACGCGGGAGGUCCCGCAUCAUCGUACCAGAUGACGAAGACGACGAUGUCUAUGAUGCUGCCGCUGAGCCGGUAGACGAAGAUGAGGACGUGGCAGAAUUCGUCGUGUCGGACGAGUCAGAUGACGAAGCCUCUUCAAGGAAGCGGAAACGUCCCGCCAAGAAGACGGCCGCCCCACGAAAGAGAGUUGCCUCGAGCGCUCUUGACGUCCCAACCCCCGUCCGCAUGGUCGAUGAUCUCGAGGGCCAAGAUGGGGACGACGAAGAGUUGCCUCCCCCAUCCACUGCUCAGCAAUGGCGCUUUGAUCCCAAUGCCCCUCCCUCGCUCACGACCAGGGCCCUCCGUCCGCCUCCCCUCCGCACCACUUCAUCGUCCUCCACGGGAAAGCAGAAGGCUCACACUUCAGAGCCUCAAGAACGCUAUCCCUGGUUGGCCAACAUCACCGACAUCAACCGAAACCCUCCCGGCCACCCCGACUACGACCCCGGCACCAUCUACGUCCCCCCGGCCCAGUGGAACAAGUUCUCCCCCUUCGAGAAGCAGUACUGGGCGAUCAAACAGAAGCUCUGGGAUACCGUCGUCUUCUUCAAGAAGGGCAAAUUCUACGAGCUGUACGAGAACGACGCCACCAUCGGCCAUCAGCUCUUCGACCUGAAGAUGACCGACCGCGUCAACAUGCGCAUGGUGGGCGUCCCCGAGAGCUCGCUAGACAUCUGGGUCAAUCAGUUCAUUGCCAAGGGCUACAAGGUCGCCCGCGUCGACCAGAUGGAGUCCGCCCUCGGCAAAGAGAUGCGGGAGCGCGGCGGCGACGAUGCCGCCAAGAACAAAAAGGCCGACAAGGUCAUUCGCCGCGAGCUCGCCUGCAUCCUCACCGCCGGCACCUUGGUCGACGGCAGCAUGCUUCAAGACGACCUCGCCACCUACUGUGCCGCCAUCAAAGAGUCCGUGAUCGGCGGCGUCCCGCACAUCGGCAUUGCCUUUGUCGACUGCGCCACCGGCCAGUUUUACCUCACCCAGUUCGACGACGACGUCGAGCUCACCAAAUUCGAGACCUUUGUCGCCCAGACCUGCCCGCGGGAGCUGCUCCUGGAAAAGUCGCACAUCUCCACCAAGGCCCUUCGCAUCCUGAAGAGCAACACGUCGCCCACGACCAUCUGGAACUACCUCCGGCCCGGUCUCGAGUUCUGGGAUGCCGACACUACCCGCAGGGAACUCGUCAGCGGCGGCUACUUUGCUGCCGCCGUCGAAGGCGAGGAAGGGGAAGGGGAAGGGGAAAAGUGGCCCAAGGCGCUCAUCGCAGCCAAGAACAAGGACCUGGUCAUGUCGGCCUUGGGCGCCCUCGUCCAGUACCUCAGGAACCUCAAGAUCGAACACAGCCUCCUGUCGCAGGGCAAUUUCGACCAGUACAGCCCGAUCAGGCGCAACGGCACCCUCAUUCUCGACGGCCAGACCCUCAUCAACCUCGAGAUCUUCUCCAACAGCGUCAACGGCGGGCCCGAGGGGACCCUGUUUACGCUGCUGAACCGAUGCGUCACGCCGUUUGGGAAGCGCCUGUUCCGCCAGUGGGUGUGCCACCCGCUGUGCGACAUCAAGCGGAUAGAAGAACGGCUCGACGCCGUCGACAUGCUCAACUCGGACCGGAGCGUGCGCGAGCAGUUUUCGUCCCAAAUGACCAAGAUGCCCGACCUGGAGCGCCUGAUAUCGAGGAUCCACGCCGGCGUCUGCAAGCCCGACGACUUUGUCCGCGUCCUCGAAGGCUUCGAGCAGAUCGAGUACACCAUGACUCUGCUGGGUGCGUGGGGCGGCGGCCAGGGUCUCGUCGACCGGCUGUUGGCAUCCAUGCCUGACCUCGACGGACCCCUGACCUACUGGAAAACGGCGUUUGAUCGCAGCAAGGCCAAGGGCGACAAGGUGUUCGUCCCCGAGCGCGGCAUCGAGGACGAUUUCGACGAGAGCCAGGACCGCAUCGAGGUCAUCAAGCGGGACCUCCACAAACUGCUGGAGAAGAAGAAGGCGGAGCUCAAGUGCAAGACGCUCAAGUUCACCGACAGCGGCAAGGAGAUCUACCAGCUGGAGGCGCCCAAGUCGCUCAAGGUGCCGGCCGACUGGCGGCAGAUGUCGGCGACGGCGAGCGUCAAGAGGUACUACUUCCGCGCCCUGAGCGACCUCGUGCGCGACCUGCAGGAGGCCGAGGAGACGCAUUCCCAGAUCAUCAAGGAGGUGGCGUCGCGCUUCUUCCGCCGCUUCGACGCCGACUACGAGACGUGGCUGCGGGCCAUCCGCAUCAUCUCCCAGCUCGACUGCCUCGUCGGCUUGGCCAAGGCGUCCUCGUCCCUGGGCGAGCCCAGCUGCCGGCCGCAGUUUGUGGAUCAGGAGCGGAGCGUCGUCGAGUUUUCCGAGCUGCGUCACCCCUGCAUGCUCAACACCGUGACCGACUUUAUCCCCAAUGACAUUCAGCUCGGUGGCGAUUCGGCUCGGAUCAACCUGCUCACGGGCGCCAAUGCGGCGGGUAAAUCGACUAUUCUUCGAAUGAGCUGCACUGCGGUCAUCAUGGCCCAGAUCGGAUGCCACGUCCCCGCCAGCAGCGCCAGGCUGACCCCGGUGGAUCGCAUCAUGUCCCGCCUGGGAGCCAACGACAACAUCUUCGCCUCCCAGUCGACCUUCUUCGUCGAGCUGUCGGAGACGAAGAAGAUCCUGUCGGAGGCGACGCCGCGGUCGCUCGUGAUCCUCGACGAGCUCGGCCGCGGCACCAGCUCGUACGACGGCGUGGCCGUGGCCCAGGCGGUGCUGCACCACGUGGCCACCCACAUCGGCUGCGUCGGCUUCUUCGCCACGCACUACCACUCGCUGGCGACCGAGUUCGAGAACCACCCGGAGAUCCGCGCCCGGCGGAUGCAGAUCCACGUGGACGACGAGGAGCGCAAGAUCACGUUCCUGUACAAGCUCGAGGACGGCGUCGCCGAGGGCAGCUUCGGCAUGCACUGCGCCGCCAUGUGCGGGAUUAACGAUCGCGUCAUCGCGCGCGCCGAGGUCGCGGCUAGGGAGUGGGAGCAUACCAGCCGGCUGAAGGAGAGCCUCGACAAGGCCAAGUCUGGGUGUUACAUCCCCCUGGGGAUCCUGAGCGAUGUCGCCGGCAUGUUGAGGGGGGAUGAUCCUGGCGUGGAGGCGGGUGUGGAUGUCCUCCUCCGGGCCAUUGCGGCCUUGUAAUACUGUUUGACCCGGGUGUAACUUUUUCAUAUACUGGUGGGAGUAAGGGCGGGGGAUAUGGGGAGUUGUAAGGACGUUCAUGUUCGGGUUUUUGUUUUCUUCUGUUAUCUUCGUUCAGGGGCGUUUGGGCGUGGUGACUCCGGGGUACGGGGGCCAGGGAGAUGGGAAAUCCUGUAUGUGACUAUAAACGACCGGAUUAGACGGCACUCUUACGAGAGAGGGCAGAAGAAAAAAAAAAAAACAGCUUGUAUUACUACUGCGGCGUAGAAAUGAUGAGAGAGAGCUCUUGACGAC